AUGGAAACCAGACUUAUCGGCUCUCGCAAUGUCUUCGGGAUCCUGCUUCUGUUCGGUUCCUUUUUGUUGCAAACUGAAACGAUACUGGACCCGGAAAAUUUCCAGAGAAAACUAAUUGCCUUAAACAAAGUGCUCGAUUACAUUUACAAUAAAGCCCAGCGGAUGAAUGUUGACGUAAUUUUCGGUGUUACUUUAACCGAAGCUAAUUUGGCGGCGGCGCUUUUACAUGACAACGUGCGACAUUUGGAAGACAGAUUUUUCAAUGCUCUCGAAGAUAUAGUUGCACUGUGUGAUUUAACUCGAAAAAGACUGAUGAAUGUCGUCUCGAAUAACGAAAAUGAAUUUUUAUUACAAUCGGUUUUAAAUAAUCCCGAUUUGUGGACGAAGCCUGUAUUGUGGACAAGGAUCUUUUCAAAGGUGAGAUUCAAUUCUAGUCGACCAUUAAGCCAUUUGGAGAUUGUUGAAUCGAUUUGGCAUGGAACACCCAAUGAAACGGAAAGUGAUCGGUGUCUAAUGAGAAUCGUGCAUAGUAACUUAAACGGAAGGUGUCAGAUUCCUGAUAUUUGCAUCCAAAUAUUAACCAGAGAUGACAAUCCGAUGGGAUACCCUCUUACUCACAGAUUGCUCAUCGUGCAGAUUGCUAAAGCACUUGGAUGUCGAGAGAAUAAAUUAACACCAUUUUCCUACUUGGUGUCUGAAUAUUGCGCCAAGAUUCUGCAGCAUCUCGUUGAUCUUGAAGCGUGGAAUUUCCCAAGUAUGGCGGCAGAUCUUGCGACUGAACAAAUUAUUCUGUGCGGUAUGGAGGGUUACUAUGAGUUCGUCGAUAAACAUUAUGAAAAUUUGAUAUUAAGCUGGCCGCAUCAAAGCGGCUGUUUCAGCGCAUUUAGAUUUUCUGAAGAACGUCAGAUCACUCGGAGGUCGUCAUCGGUAAUCGAUUUUGGAUGCGAUAGUCACGCGACUGCCCUCGGUGCUGCGAGUCUUGCCAUAUUUAUUCGGAAAAGUGUCGAGAAUCCAUUCGGUCUACCCCCAACUUAAAUAUUUUCUACUUUAACAUAUUGCAAUUCGCAAACGAUACAAAGUUUACAAGUCGAUUUCAACGAUUUUUACUAUCUGUCAACAACUCUCAGCCCUCGCGAUCUGAU